AUGGUUCAUUUGCUAAUUAUUCUCAGUGUCAUCGCGACCUCGCUGGCCUGCGCUCCGAAGUCUGGGACAACUGGAACUGGAGGAACAACCGGCACUGGUGGAACAACCGGUACCACUGGAACUGGAGGGGCAACUGGUACUGGUGGAGCAACCGGUACCACUGCAACUGGAGGGGCAACUGGUACUGGUGGAGCAACCGGUACCACUGCAACUGGAGGGGCAACUGGUACUGCCACUGGGCGAAAACGUGAAGUUGAAGGAAAUCGCUUCAACAGCUAA